UUUGAAGGAGAAGCACGGGCUUUUCUCGAACUUUCUGUGGGUUCAAAUGAUGAGGUCGAGUUGUUUUUCCUGACGCGUGUGGAAAACUUUAUAAUAUUCCCAGGAUGGCUGUUUUAGCGCUUUAGGAGAUGCGGCGGUGCUUGUCUGGGAUCAACACGGCGAGGCUGUUGCAGAAGGGACAGUUAAAUGUGUGAGUUGAGUUUGUUGAACGCCGGUAAUUUUCCGGUAAAAACUCGCUAGAAAUCUGAUUUAAUAAUCUCUGAAUGGGUCGCACAGCUGUUUAACCGGAUAGUUCGGAGUUUUAGUAAUAUUUUAACAAGCUCAUAUUGUUUUGUUUGUAAUGGGUAAAGAUUAUUAUAAAGUCCUGGGCUUACAGAAAGGCGCCUCUGAGGAUGAGAUUAAGAAAGCGUACAGAAAGCAGGCGCUACGGUUCCAUCCGGAUAAAAACAAAUCCCCCGGAGCCGAGGACAAGUUUAAGGAGAUCGCAGAAGCUUACGAUGUGCUGAGCGACGCCAAAAAGAAAGAUGUUUACGACCGAUACGGUGAAGAAGGACUUAAAGGCCAUUCUGGAGGUUGUGGAGCCAAUGGGCCAAGCUACACGUUCCACGGAGACCCACACGCCAUGUUCGCCGAGUUCUUCGGCGGCCGCAGUCCGUUCGAUCAGUUCUUCGCCCAUGGCGCUGACGACGACGACAUGGACGUGGACGACCCCUUCGCUGCGUUUGGCAUGGGAGGUAUGGGAGGCUUUCCCAGGUCCUUUAAGACUCGCGUUGGCAGCACACGCGCAGCGCGGGAGAAGAAGAAAGACCCUCCAGUUAUUCACGAGCUCAAGGUGAGCUUGGAGGAGGUGUUCUCUGGCUGCACCAAGAAGAUGAAGAUCUCGCGCAAGCGGCUGAACCCGGACGGCUGCACGGUCCGGACCGAGGACAAGAUCCUCACUGUGAACAUCAAGCCUGGCUGGAAAGAGGGCACGAAGAUCACGUUCCCCAAAGAGGGAGACGAGACGCCCACCAACAUCCCCGCCGACAUCGUGUUUGUUGUAAAAGACAAGGCGCAUCCGGUGUUCCGCAGAGACGGCUCCAACAUCAUCUACCCUGUGAGAAUAUCCCUCCGAGACGCGCUGUGCGGCUGCUCGAUCACCGCGCCGACGCUGGACGGCCGGACCAUCACCGUGACGUCUCACGACGUCCUCAAACCGGGCAUGAAGAAGCAGGUCGUGGGCGAGGGACUGCCCCUGUCCAAAUACCCUGAUAAGAGAGGGGACAUGGUGCUGGAGUUUGUUGUGAAGUUUCCAGACAAAGUAACACAGAACACUCGUGACGCCUUGCUGCAGAUCCUCCCACCAUGAACCACGCCCCAGAUGGGUGUGGGCGGGGUUUGGGGUGGAGGCGGAUCCUGCUGCACACAGCCAGACUGUUCCAUAGUGUUAAUUUAUAAACCACUUCAAUGUGUUGAGUGCACUUUUGACAUCACUGUGAAUCCCUUGCACAGUACCAACAGACACUCGACCGACACACACACACAGGGUAUGCAUUACCUCAGAGUUGUUGCAGCUGCCUUCGUAAUUAUUUCUCCUUCAGCUCCUGUGAGAUUACAGACAGUGUGGUUUUAUUUUCUUUCUCUUUCUAGUUAGAAUGUAAUUCAUUAUUGGCUUUUUUUUUUUUUCUCGUUAAUCAGAGAAAGUAGGGACAGACAGCCGGUGUGUGUGUGUGUGUGUAUUUUCUCCCGGUGCUUCCACAGUGACUCUUUCUCAUUGCAGCCAGCGCAGUCAGUGUGUCUCAGGUACGUCCACACGCUCCUGAAUGCAGCUUUUCACUGUGACCCUGUUUCGUUUCAUGCGUCUUGUGCCUCAGAUCCUGAUACCGCAUGAUCCACAUGCAUUUUCACAUAUAUGUGUGUGUGUGUGUGUGGUCUUCUGAAACAAUCAGAUUUCCAUAUCGCGUGUAUGCAAAUUCAUUAAAGACAUGUUAACGCAGUUGUUCUUUAUUUUCAGUUGUUUAAUGCAAAAAAAAAAAAAAAGAUGCAUCAAAAGACACAGUCUUGCAAGACGGCGGCAGCUUCAGCAGCGUUGAACUACACACCUCACAGCAACUAUAAACAAUAUUUUAAAACAUUGUGGUUUUUUUUAAGUUUCAGCAUGGCCUCUUGCUGUUUUUAAAACAUGAAUGCACUUAAUAUUAUUUUCAUCCAUCAUGAAAGCCUAAGGCUCAAUGUGUUUUUUCUUUCUUUUAUUGACUCCAUGGUAAAUAAAAGUGUGCUAUCAGACGGGUUACACGCAUCACUGUUGUGUUUUUGAACGUUGUAAAGGCGACUAAGAAGCCCCCUCGAUGGUCUGUCCCUCAGGUGGGUGGAUUACUGAAGCACAGACAGGUGAGAAAUGAUGUUAAACACAGUCUUUUUUAUUUUCAAAAUAGCCUUUCAGUGUUACUUUACUCUACACACGCGCACUCUGGUUGGGAGACGACCACCUCUUCGUUCUCCUCCUCCUUUUCACCGCUCUGUCAUUACUAAAAAACAGACACAUCAAUUAACAACAGGCGAGAUCACUUUGCCACUCACCUUCCCUAGCCCCGCCCUCCAUUCACUAACCGACGCUUGACCGCGCCCUCGCUGCCACGGCCGGAUUUGGUUGU